AUGAUUAGUACACCACAAAUUCAAAAAAUUGAACCAUCUCGUGUCGUUUAUGAACUUAUUUCAAAACCAUUAGGAACAUAUCUUAUACGAGCUUCAACUAAAAACGAUGAUAUACUUUCACAAAUUAAAAUCAAAUCAGAAACAAACUCUUCUCCUUAUGUUGUUUUAUCCGUACGUGUCGAUGAAGCUUUGUAUCCAUGUCCAGUUAUGAAUUAUCGUUUACCAUUAAUUGGAUCGAAUGGUGAAUACAAUUCCGUAAAUAUCUUAGAAGAAUAUGAACGAAAUGAAAAUAAUUCAGAAAUUGAUAUGUUACCAAAAUUACAACAAGAAUGGAUUGUUAAAGAUAAAGAUACGAAUUGGAAAAUCAAACGAACUCUUUUUCAAAAACAAUAUAUACAUCUUUACUUAUCUGAUGAUGAUAAUAAUGAUAUAGAAGGAAAUACAAUAUGUAAUUUUCAAGAUGGUAGUAUUACAAUUGAAGUAUAUAAUAAACGAAUUCAAAAUGAUGAACAAAGUUUUCAAAAUGAAUUAUCAAUAUUAAAAAAUCUUUCUUAUUUUCAUAUUAUUUCAUUUUAUGGUAUUUGUUAUGAAACAGAUCAAAUUAAAUAUUUAGUAUUUGCAGAUAAUGGAAAAUCCUUAAAAUCAUUAUGUCCAAUUAUAAAAAAUACAGAAAGAUUUUUAAUAAAAAAAUUAUCAAUGAUUGGAUAUCAAAUAGCUUGUGGUAUGAUUUAUUUAGAAUAUAAACAUAUUAUUCAUCGAGAUUUACAUGCUGGAAAUAUUCUUAUUGAUAAAAACUAUUUUAUAAGAAUUGCUGAUUUUGGUCAUGCUAUUAUAAAAGGUGAUGAUGAUGAUGAUGAUGAUGAUGAUAAUGAAAGAUUUCAACAAAAAAUAAAGAAUUCAAAAUUGAACUUUCAAACACGUCGUUUAGCACCUGAAUGUUUACCAUCGCCUCCUAAUGAUCAACAACUAAUUGAUUCUACAGAAACUCUAUUAACUAGAUUUUCUUCGAAAAGUGAUCUAUGGGCAUAUGGACUGAUAUUUAUAGAACUUAUGAUGAACGAAGAUGCAGAUGUAUAUCCAAAUUUACCGAUCAAACAUAAUGAUGAUGAAAUUAUUCAAAUUAUUCAAUAUGUUAAAGUAAAUCAAAUGAUACAUGAAAAACCAGAUGAUUGUCCUAAAAUUAUUUAUGAUGUAUUAAAAAAAUGUUGGGCUUAUAAUCCUAAAGAUCGUAUUUCAUUUUGGGAUAUACGAAAUGAAAUGAUGAGAAUAUUCAAAUCAUCAAAUAAUUAA